CCAAAUUCUACUUUUAUUGAAGCAUGCACGAUAGAUCAUCAGCUCCGUCGGCUGGCGGCCCACUCCAUCCCGGUGAGCGACCACAGCCAUUAAUAUCUCGCAGUGAACCGAAUCGGAGAGAAGAGAAGCGAAGCAAGGGCGGCGCGCUGGAAGCACUGGUACUAGCACGUCCACGAGUCAUGGCCACGCGAGAGCGGGAAGCACUAAUAUUGGCUGGAAGGCCGUCCACGGGCUUACCGGACAUCCGGAGCGGUCGACAACUCAGCGAACGGGCGGACUGUCAGGUGCGCGUGCAACGUGCCCACGAAGUGUCGGGCGCCGUAUCAUUAACUGCGAAGCGGGGUCAAGAUGGCGAGGUCGCAGCGGCACUAUGUGCGCACGCUCCCGAGGCCGAAGGAAGCGUGGGCCUCGCGCGCGAAUCAUACCCUCGGCCCCCUAGCGUGCCGCACCAUGGGAGCCAUUGCAAGAGCCGCGCCAUUGUCACGGUCUGCCUACCAUCUGCGGAGGGGGAGCAUGCGCCCGCGUUCCUCGGACAGCCUCGAAGGUUCAAAGCUCCAAUGGGCGGCUGGACAACUCUAAGCCGCGUGGCUUACAGUGUGCCGAUCGAGAUAACAGUUAUAGAAGGUUUGGAUGCGCAGCAGCCGGACGGUGAUUCGAGUUCUUGCGAGCGACGAGAACUCGAAGGAUACAGGGUUCAGAGAGAGUUCGGUUCGAAGUGCCAAGUGCCAAGAUGGGAGCUUUCGGGCCUCUGCGCGACGCUCAUGCUCACGCACGCUGUCGAGAGCCAGGACGGUGGAUUUUCAUUGGGGAAAGUGGGAAAUGGAUGCGAUGCAUAGCAUAUUAUUAGGUGUCGCUGGAGUGGACCAGGGUGUCAAGGGUACUGGAUACAGCGUAUGCACGCAAUGC